CUUCAGACGCGCGCAGCGAAAUACUACAACGAUCGCAAAAAAUCGAGGAUUUACUUAGAAUGGUGUGAUAGAAUAUUUCGCGGUAUGAAUAAUCUAAAACUCCGUUUCUAUAUAGCUUGUAGAACCGACGAAAUAACAUUGAUUACUGCCAGAUAGUUUCACUAUAAGCAUUUGUGGACGAUACCACUACUUCCCUUGGAGAUUAAUAGGAUACUUCUUAAAAGCUAGAGAGUUCCUCAAUGGAGUGAGACCCGUACUGUAAAGUUAUUUCGAGUAAAAUAGCUUAUUUACGCGUUGUUUGAAACACAUCAACAACUUUCUUGUUUUUAUUGAACAAGAGAACUGUGACGUCUGCUUCAGCUCGCCUCUGGAGUCAUCCCUGAAUAAAAGCUGGACAUAAAACUCCAGCAGAAUGAGCACCGAUAAAAACAAGGUGGAGGAUGAGGUGGUGCUGGACAGAGGUGCAUCCUUCGUCAAGCAUGUCUGUGAUGAGGAGGAGGUGGAAGGUCACCACACCGUGUACAUCGGCGUGCACGUGCCCAAGAGCUACCAGCGGAGCCGGCGCCACCGACGCAAGUCCAGCCACAAGGAGAGGAAGGAGAGGCCGGUGGAGAAAGUAGAGGGGGACAAAACGGACGGCGAGAACACUGAUGAGGCAGCGCCCAACAUCCUCAAACCCCUCAUCUCUGCAGCAGCAGAGAGGAUCAGGUUCAUCCUGGGUGAGGAGGAUGACGGCCCCCCGCCCCCUCAGCUCUUCACUGAGCUGGACGAACUGCUGGCCGUCGAUGGACAGGAGAUGGAGUGGAAGGAGACAGCCAGGUGGAUAAAGUUUGAGGAGAAGGUGGAAAAGGGAGGAGAGCGUUGGAGUAAGCCCCACGUGGCCACCCUGUCCCUUCACAGUCUGUUUGAGCUGAAGACCUGUAUUGAGAAAGGCACCAUCCUGCUGGACCUGGAGGCCUCCACUCUACCACAGGUGGUCGAGUUGAUCACUGACAACCAGAUCGAGAUCGGUCAGCUGAAGGCCGAGCUGAAGGAUCAGGUCAUGUACACGUUGCUACGAAAACAUCGUCACCAGACCAAGAAGUCCAACCUGCGCUCCCUUGCCGACAUCGGCAAGACGGUGUCCAGUGCAAGUAGGCUGUUUUCCAACCAAGACCAGAACGCACGCAGUCCCCAUGAACACCCCCAGCCCUUCCCCCUCUCGCACCCCCAGUCCCAGUCCCAAUUUGUGCCUUAUGCAACCACGCUUGGCCCUGAGGAACCGAUAGAGGAGGUCCAAAGGAGCUCCAGCAUGCAAUACAUCAGUAGCCCAGCCACGACCCAUCGGAACCUGACCUCCAACAGCCUCAACGACUUCUCUGACCAACCAGAUCGAGACCAGCUGAAGAAUAAAUUCAUGAAGAAGCUUCCUCGUGAUGCCGAGGCAUCUAAUGUCCUGGUCGGAGAGGUGGACUUCCUGGACACGCCCUUCGUGGCGUUCGUCCGUCUGCAGCAGGCUGUCAUGUUGGGAUCUCUGACAGAGGUCCCCGUCCCUACCAGGUUCCUAUUCGUGCUGCUGGGGCCCAAAGGAAAAGCCAAUUCCUACCAUGAGAUCGGACGAGCUAUCGCCACCCUCAUGUCUGAUGAGGUGUUCCAUGACAUUGCCUACAAGGCCAAGGACAGACAGGACCUGCUGGCAGGCAUCGAGGAGUUCCUGGAUGAGGUCAUCGUCCUACCCCCUGGGGAGUGGGACCCUGACAUCAGGAUAGAACCCCCCAAGUCCUUGCCCUCUUCUGACAAGAGGAAGAACCAGUAUAAUGCUGGGGGUGGAGGGGAUGGGCCCCAGAUGAACGGGGACACACAUGGACAUGACGGGGGUCAGGGAGGAGGAGGGGGACAUGGACAUGUCGGAGAAGAGCUCAUGAACACUGGAAAGUUUUGCGGCGGCCUCAUUUUGGACAUCAAGCGGAAGCUGCCAUUCUUCGCCAGUGAUUUCUAUGACGCCAUUCACAUCCAGUCGCUGUCCGCCAUCUUGUUCAUCUACCUAGGCACUGUGACCAAUGCAAUCACCUUCGGAGGGUUGCUAGGAGAUGCUACGGAAAACAUGCAGGGUGUGUUGGAAAGUUUCCUGGGCACAGCAGUGACAGGGGCCUUGUUCUGUCUGCUGGCUGGCCAGCCUCUCACCAUCCUCAGCAGCACAGGUCCUGUACUGGUGUUUGAAAGGCUCCUCUUCAACUUCAGCAAAGACAAUGACUUUGACUACCUGGAGUUCCGGCUGUGGAUCGGCCUGUGGUCAGCUUUCUUUUGUCUGGUGCUGGUUGCCACAGACGCCAGCUUCCUGGUCAAGUACUUCACGCGUUUCACGGAGGAGGGCUUUUCAUCCCUCAUCUCCUUCAUCUUCAUCUACGAUGCCUUCAAGAAGAUGCUGAAGCUGGCCCACUACAACCCCAUCAACGCUGACUACGACCCCAACUACGUCACAACGUACGACUGCCGCUGCAUGCCCCUACCGGACGACGGCAAUAUGACGGGUCUCUAUAGCGAUGCCUCUUCCUGGAUAAACGAUACUGAUCUGCCGGUAAACGCCACAUGGGCGUCUCUCGACAAGAAACAGUGUGUGAAGUAUGGUGGUGAGCUGAUUGGUCCGGCCUGCGGCUUCGUCCCUGACGUCACGCUGAUGUCAUUCAUACUUUUCCUGGGGACCUACACCUGCUCCAUGUGUCUCAAGAAGUUCAAGUUCAGCCGCUUCUUCCCCACCACUGUGAGGAAACUGAUCAGUGAUUUUGCCAUCAUCCUGGCUAUUGUCAUCUUCUGUGGUGUGGAUGCCCUGGUCGGAGUGGACACACCCAAGCUCAUCGUGCCAACUGAAUUCAAGCCCACCAGCCCCAACCGUGGCUGGUUCGUGCCCCCGUUCGGAGGGAACCCAUGGUGGGUGUAUCUGGCUGCAGCCCUCCCUGCUCUCCUGGUCACCAUCCUAGUGUUCAUGGACCAGCAGAUCACUGCUGUCAUCGUCAACAGAAAGGAGCACAAACUCAAGAAAGGGGCAGGCUACCACUUGGACCUGUUCUGGGUAGCAAUACUACUCAUCGUGUGUUCCUUCAUGGGCCUGCCCUGGUACGUGGCUGCCACUGUCAUCUCCAUCGCCCACAUCGACUCUCUGAAGAUGGAGACCCAGUGCUCGGCCCCUGGGGAGCAGCCCAAGUUCCUGGGUGUCAGGGAGCAGAGAGUGACCGGUGUCAUUGUCUUCGUUCUGACUGGACUGUCUGUCUUCAUGGCUCCUAUCCUUAAGUUCAUCCCCAUGCCUGUGCUCUAUGGCGUGUUCCUCUACAUGGGCGUGGCAUCUCUCAAUGGUGUCCAGUUCAUGGAUCGCCUGCAGCUUCUCCUGAUGCCAGCCAAGCACCAGCCUGACCUGAUCUACCUGCGCCACGUUCCCCAGCGUCGUAUCCACCUCUUUACCUUCAUACAGGCCCUCUGUCUCGCCCUCCUCUGGGUCCUCAAGUCCACCGUCGCUGCCAUCAUCUUCCCCGUCAUGAUCUUGGCCCUGGUGGCGGUCAGAAAGGCCAUGGACUACAUCUUCUCCCAGCACGACCUCAGCUACCUGGAUGACGUCAUCCCGGAGAAAGACAAGAAGAAGAAAGAGGAUGAGAAGAGGAAGAAGAAACAGAAGAAAGGAAGCAUCGACAGUGAAAUCGAUUUUGACCCCCGGCGUCUUUCCUUGACCCACACUCACCAUGCUGAGGACUACUUUAUGCCCACUACUGUUGCAAGUCUGAAUCCGUUAAGAAAAGCAGUGCCUCAGAUUAGGAUAGACCUGGAGCAAGAGGACAAAAGCUUCUUCUGGAAAAAACAGGCUCCGGGUUCUGAAACGUCCCUCUAGUCUAACCCCAACCCGUCCUACUGUUCAAACAACACAGCAGAACCAGCAGCAUUACCUGCACACCACUACUCAAUACAACACGGGGUGCGUCUGAAAUCCCAUAGGGCCCUGGUCAAAAAGCAGUGCACUAUAUAGGGAACAGACCUGGGUACAAAUACUAUUUCAGGUAUUUAAAUUACUUUUCAAUACAUUUCAAAACAUGUAUUCAGAUAACCUUUAUUUGAAAAAACAAGCAGUUGAAUAUUGGAAUGUAUUUGGAAAUACACUUGGUAAAUAUUUGAAAAUACUAAAAUACACAGACUUAAAUAAAUACACUCCCAUGUAUUUAACCCAACAAUAUGAAAAUAUUAUUUGAAAUAAGUAUUUGAAAAUACUUUCAAAUACAAUUUGGUCAACUAUUCGUUUUUUGCAAAUAACCAUUUGAAUACUCAAGUAAAAGUACUUAAGAGCGUUUGCUAAAUGACUGAAAUGUAAAUGAAAUGAAAUACUUGUUUGGGGCUGUGUAUUUGAACCCAGGUCUGGUAAGGGAUAGGAUGCCAUUGUGGAUGUAACCACAGACUCCUACAGCAGCCUAUUUUAUACUGUAGCACUGUUUUAUAGUACUCAUUUUAAUGUCCUGCUGAAGUACAUAUUUUUAAUUGAAGAAAACUGACAGAAUUCUUUGUUUUGAGAGUGAGAAGUAUAGGAGGGACCCUUGUGAAACGGGAGAUGUGAAUGUUUGUGAGACGGGGAGGGGUUGCAUUUGACAAUUCUUAAUUUGCUGUAUAAAAAAAGGUUAAAAAAGGCAGAUUCCACGGCAACGUAGCCUGAAAAUAUUUUUGCCUACUCUGGCAUGGAAUUGCCCUAAUGCUCUGUACCAAGGAAAACUUUGUGAAGUUCUUUGUUAGCCAUUUAUGGCUAAUUCAUGAGAAAGGUAUUCAUGAUUUAUAAAGCAUUCACAAACUAAUACAAUGCUUUAUGUAUUCAUAAUACAUGCCUGUUAGCUCAUUAAGUACAACAUACUUUCUUAUAUAAAUCUUAUGGAGCUGUGAUGUUAAACUGGACUGUACUAUUUUAUGCCAGCCAGAACAGAUCAAACUUUAAAAUCCCAUUAUUUGUUCAUGUUCUACUCUCCAGCAUAGGCCUAUUAUAGUGUUCUUGUUCUUGUUCAUGUAUAUUAAUAUUUUUCUGUCUUUUCUCUUACCCCUUCACACCUGCUUUAUCAUAUUUAUUUCAUCUCUAUCUAUGCAACAAAAAAAAAACAUUUUGCUCUUGAUUCAAAAUGUUGGUUUGGCUAUUUUCCUUCCCAUUGUGUGAAACUGACCAACUUUUCUGAUUUGAACUGUUUUCCUAAUAAUAUCUGUUGUUUCUAUCAGCUUUAUAAAGAGACAGGACUCCAACUACGAUUAUCUGUAGUAGGGAUUGAAAUACAUGUAUAUACUUGUAUUUGUAGCUCUACCUCUUUGACUUAAUUAAUGUAGGUGCCAGGUAUUAUAAGUAAAGUAUGAUGAACGCAUUAGUAUUAUGUAAUGAUCUGUCAUCAUACUGAAUGAUUUUUAUGAAAGGGCACAGCAUAGGAUCUCUCUAUCUGAUCACUUUCCGAGUUCCUUUUGCUCUGUAACUAAUUCAUUAAAGAGAUUUUUAUUUGUAUCAUAUUGAAAUGAAAAUGCAAUAACAGUGACGUAUAUUAUAUCGCUGAGAGAAUAAGUCAAAUAAUAAUGAAGUGUAUUUACUAUUAAGCUGUUAAUGAGAUGACAGCGUUUUUACAGUUGUCUGUGGAGUGACAUUUUUAUUAUGACCUUUUUUUAACGAAGUGAUGAUUUAGUGUUGUUUUUUUAUGAUAUUUAAUGAUUUUAAACUGAUUAUGAACUUAUCAAUCAUUGAAUAAUCACUGUGAGAGAAUGCAAUGUUGAAGUUACUUGUGUCUUGCAGUUGCAUUUCUGCAAAAACUAAUGCUGCGUUUAGUUUGCAGCUUUUCACAAAGUAUCAUCCACCAGGCGACUCGCUCAGUAGCAAUUGAGCCUGGGGAUGAGAUUAUUCAAAAUUUCAGAGCUGCCAUUUUACUGAUAAAUGGAUACAUUGCAGCCCUUUAUAGAAUGUAUUCUUGAUAGAUACAGUGUACAAAUUGAAGCUUAAAUUAUUAACUUGGGCAAAAUUUACUGGACUUGAUUUUGUGGUCUUAGUGAUUACUGGGUUCAUAAAUGUUAAAAGAUACUGCAGUGAUAAAAUACCCAGAUUAUAUUUGUUGUAAUCUUGAGUGGUAUAAUCAAACAAGAUUGUAUUGUAGGUGUAUCUGAAGUAUGAGAGGACUGUAGUGGAUGUCGGAAUGAUGGUACACUCUUAAUCAGGGUCACUAUUGAUGUCAUGUUUUCUAUCCCAAAUAUGCCAGCAUCCAUCUUGAUCAGUCUUGGGAAAAAUGUUAAUCGUCUGUAUAUUCAUUUUCUGGGUUUCUAAUUUUAGGAUUAGUCCAUGUUUUACUGUAAAAUGUGUUGAUUCAGUGGGCUAAUUUAAUUAAAAACAUAUGUUUUUAAUAUUGUUGGCACAUUUGAUUCAAUAUUUCAAGCGACAAACAUGGUUCAUAUUCAAUAAGCACUUAGAUACAGGUGUCAAACAGUUUAAUGUAAAACGUGGAAGAACAAAUGAUUCAAGCAAUAAAACUAUAAUUAUGAUCAAUUAAA